AUGACGUUUGUGGCAGUUUCUCCUAGCAGCAGUGUCGGAGGGGUGGGAGUGCGGGCUGUCAGUACGGUUCCAAACAGUGAGACUGGGGACCGGGAACUUCUCCCCUGGAGUACAGGCUCCGGACGGAAGCGAAGGGUCGUCAGUAGAGCUGGGGAGACUGGUGUUAAUUCACUCGCGCUACCACCAAUAAAGCAGCUCUCCGGCCCUCCCGCCUCCCGGCAGCGUCCCCCACCCGUUUUCCCGCCUCGCCUUUCCUCUUUUCCGGAUCCCUCCUCCCAACGCGUAGCGGAAGUGACGCGACGCGUAGCGGAAGUCCCUCCAGCCGCGGUGUUGUGCUGUGGGGAAGAGAGACGGAUUUGUAAACCCCGGAGCGAGGUUCUGCCUACCCGAGGCCGCUGCUGUGCGGAGACCCUGGGUGAAGCCACCGUCACCAUGUCUGACCAGGAGGCAAAACCUUCAACUGAAGACUUGGGGGAUAAGAAGGAAGGAGAAUACAUUAAACUCAAAGUCAUUGGACAGGAUAGCAGUGAGAUUCACUUCAAAGUGAAAAUGACAACACAUCUCAAGAAACUCAAAGAAUCAUACUGUCAAAGACAGGGAGUUCCAAUGAAUUCACUCAGGUUUCUCUUUGAAGGUCAGAGAAUUGCUGAUAAUCACACUCCAAAAGAACUGGGAAUGGAGGAAGAAGAUGUGAUUGAAGUUUAUCAGGAACAAACAGGGGGUCAUUCAACGAUUUAGAUAUUCUUUUUAUUUUUUUUCUUUACCCUCAAUCCUUUUUUAUUUUUAAAAAUAGUUCUUUUGUAAUGUGGUGUUCAAAACGGAAAUGAAAACUGGCACCCCAUCUCUUUAAAACAUCUGGUAAUUUGAAUUCUAGUGCCCAUUAUUCAUUAUCACUUGUUUUCAUUGUGCUGAUUUUUGGUGAUCAAACCUCAGCCCCCUUCAUGUCACCCUCUCCUUUUUAAAAAAAUUACAUGUGUGCACAGAGAGGCCACCACCUUUUCCAGGACUGUGCAUUUUCAGGCUUGUGAUAAAUAAGAUCGACCAAUGCGAGUGUUCAUAAUGACUUUCCAUUUGGCCCUGAAGUUCUAGUAUGUGAUUGCUUCACUCCUGGACUAUGACUUUCAGUGGGAGAUGGAAGUUUUUCAGAGAACUGAACUGUGGAAAAAUGACUUUUCCUUAACUUGAAGCUUCUUUUAAAAUUUGAGGGUCUGGACCAAAAGAAGAGAAAUAGCAGGCUGGAGUCGAGAUGACAGAGAUCGUGAGAGUAAUGACUAACUCCAAAGAUGGCUUCAAUGAAGAGAAAGCAUUUUAAGAUAAAAGAAAAGUCUUGUCAGAAGAUCCCAGAAAAGUUCUAAUUUUCAUUAGCAGUUAAUAAAGUUAUUCAUGCAGAAGUGUAUUCAACAGAACACUGCUCUUUUUGAUUUUAUUUGUACUUUUUGGCCUGGGAUAUGGGUUUUAAAUGGACAUUGUCUGUACCAGCUUCAUUAAAAUAAACAAAAUAUUUGUAAAAACCGUA